GCACUCCAUUUCCUGUUUACCAUUCACAACUAGCCUCGAUGGAAGCGCUGGAAUCCCAGCUCCACGAUCAAUGAAAUCUUUCCGAAAACCCUCUUUGUGUGUCAUCGGGAGGAGGCUACAACAGAGUUUCGGCACAGAUAAACUUUCCUUUUAAAAAUGGACCUGUGACAACCGUAGAUCACGAAGGCGAACAUGCCAGGAUGCCGCGCCGUUCCGAACAAACCGUCUAGCCUUUCCUCUUUCCUGCCGUCUCUCCUUCGCUGAUGUUUCCUGCGGGUCAUCGUCAGACGCAUGUCGCGCCUCAGGUCCACAAUCGAUAGCGUUACCAAGGCGGUGGGCGGCACGGACCUCAUCUCCAGGUUUUCCCGCUUCAAGCCCGGCGGCGCCCAUGCCGAGAAAGCGGCGCUCAGAGCCGAGACCUUGAGCUCCCAUGACAACGCCUCCGGAGGAACGCGGGAAAGGGCCGGCGGGAUAGACGGAGCAGCGGAGGAGGCAGAUGAGCAGAGGGAGCAGGUUACGGAAAAGCCUUUCGUCGCCCCGCAGAGGCCUUCGUCCGCUUUAGCCUCGGCGGCCAACGCACCUGCUCUUGGCUCUUCCUCGGCCGCGGCAAAGCAGAGCAGGCAGCUGUUCCACCCGGCCGCUCUGUCCGCGAACAUGGAUGAGACGUACAAGACUCUGUCCAACCACAUCGACAGCUACUUUGGCCCAAACGCACAGGGGGAGGACGGAGAGAACGCCCAGCGGCAGCACCUUCCCGAGCCCGUCCCCGGGGUCACCACCCUGAGAACAGCCGACCGCAUCCCCGCUUUGGCUCCAGCCUCAAAGACGGAGGAUGCCGUCGCGCCCGCCGUCGCCCUCCCCUCCCCAAAGCCCGCCCCGGGCGCAGAGCCCCAAGCUGGCGAAGGCGCAGCCCCGUAUGUCCCCGAACCGAGCGCCUCCCCCAAGAAAGGCUUCAGCCACUACCUGUCCGACCCUCGGCCCAGCGUCCAGGCGUUCGUCGGCAGCUACCUCGUGCCCCUGGUUCCCAAGUUCCGAGGCGAUGCCAGAAAGCCGGCGGCCGAGAAGGACGGGUCGCCGGCCGGCGGUUUUGCCGAGGGCGCGGCGGACGCAGCGGCGCAGAAGACAGACGGCGAGGAGGAAAAAGCCGAGAAGGAGAGGCAGCAGCUGCUAAGUCAGAGGGAAAAGAUAAUAGCCAGAGUGAGCGUGGACAACAGGACCAGAGCGCUGGUGAAGGGUCUGCAGAGGGUCGCUGACGUGGCGCUCCUCACCGCUCGCGUGGAGGAGCUCAGCUUCCACCUCCUGGAGUUCCCCGAGACCCGGGGCGUGGCAGUCAAGGAGAACGUGUUGCCGUGUCUGCUGCGGCUGCGCCAGGCCAGGGACCUUCCCCUCCAGGCGGCUGUCAGGGAGGCUCUGGCGCUGGUCGGCUACACAGAUCCAGUCAAAGGCAGAGGGAUCCGGGUGCUGACUAUAGAUGGAGGAGGCACGAGCCGCAGAGGACUGCUGGCCCUGCAGACGCUUCACAAACUGCAAGACCUGACUGGCAAGCCAAUCCAUCAGCUCUUCGACUACAUCUGCGGAGUCAGCACGGGUGCCAUUUUGGCUUUCAUGCUGGGGAUUUUCCAGAUCCCCUUGGAAGAGUGUGAGGACAUGUACAGGAAGCUGGGCUCGGACAUCUUCAAACAGAACGUCUUCGUCGGAACCAUGAAGAUGGGCUGGAGCCAUGCUUUCUACGACAGCGAAAUGUGGGAGAGCAUCCUCAAAGAACGCAUGGGUGAGGGACGCAUGAUUGACAGUGCAAGGGACCCACACUGCCCCAAAGUGGCAGCGGUGAGCACCAUCGUCAACAGAGGCUUGCCCCUGAAGGCCUACGUGUUCAGGAACUACAGGCUCAUGCCAGGAGUCAGGUCGCACUACCUUGGAGACUGCGACCACAAGAUGUGGCAGGCCAUCCGGGCCUCGUCUGCCGCCCCCGGAUACUUUCAGGAAUUUGUUCUGGGGAAAGACCUCCAUCAGGACGGAGGACUGCUCAUCAACAACCCCACGGCUUUGGCCAUUCACGAGUGCAAGUGUCUGUGGCCCAACGCGCCCCUGCAGUGCGUGCUGUCUCUGGGGACGGGCCGGUACGAGACCGUGGGCAAGAACAGCACCAGCUACACCAGCCUGAAGACCAAGCUGGCUCACGUCAUCAGCAGUGCCACGGACACAGAGGAGGUGCACACCAUGCUGGACGCCCUCCUGCCGCCGGACACCUACUUCCGCUUCAACCCCUACAUGAGCGAGGACGUGCCGUUGAACGAAAGCCGCGUUGAGAAGCUGAACCUCCUCAAGGGCGAAGGGGAGCGUUACCUCGAGCGCAACGAGGCCAAACUGAAGAAGGCGGCCAGGGUGCUGGGCCAGGAGAAGGGCGUCAUCCAGAGGCUGGCCGAGUGGGCUAAGCUAAAAGCCGACAUGUACGAGGGAAUGCCCUUUGUGUCAAAACUGUAAGCGGUUUUAAUUUUAAGGGGGGGGGGGGGGAUGCAUUCCAGAUACACCACACUUUUUCUUUGGAAUUUGAUUAAUUCCUAAAAGUUUAGGUGGGCUAAUUUGUGACAUUAACCCAACACUAAAAGCUGUGUAUGUAUUACUACAUUAAUAACAUAGGGAAACAACAGUGUUUAAUAACUUAUACAAUUCUUUGUUGAAAAUAAUAUUUGUGAUCGAUAAAAAUAUUAUGGAAGAUUUUUUUUUUUUAAAGUAUGCAUUUCUUAAAAAAAAAAAAAAUACAUUUCUUAAAGUGUCAUGUUUACACGUGUGAGACACAUGUCCAUAGCCUGAUAUGUUGAUGUGCAACGUGUUCGUUUUUACAUGUGAAUAUUUCCAGAACAAAUGUCUGAAAAUGGAGCUGCACCGAUCAGUCGGAUAGAGGUCAUAAUGGGAGGAAUCUGAUUUUUUUAUUUUAUUUCCUGUCCAUUAAAAAGAUUAAAACAGCGAAGCUCCGGCCAUUCAAGCAUCAACCUACUGCAUGAGCUCCAUUUAAGGCCAGGAACAUAUGUGCUGAAGCAUAAAUCUGGCCAACGUUGGGAGUUGCUCCAUUUUUCUAUUGAAUUCAAAGUUACUACCUCGAUCAUGGAACCUUUAUCACAUUUAUCUUGUAUGUGGGAGUCCCGAAGAGCUCAAAGAAAACUGGAAAUUGGGCAGGAAAAAAAAAAAAGUCUGAUCGGUGCAUCUCUACCUGAAAGUGAUGUUUGCUUGCGUCCUCGGUAACUUGAAUACAUUAAGGUGUAACAGAAAUGGGAUUGCACUGUGGGAACUGAAACGUGAUUGCCUAUUACUAACACUGUACAAAAAGGAAAACAGGAAAGACUUGUGCACUUUGUAGGUUUUUUUUUUUAAUCCUAGACAGAAAAUUGACUGUUUGAAACAAUCAUGAAUGUAUUUAAGUUCCUCUUUGUAGCGUUUAGGAAAACUAAGAAGCCUAAACAUUUACUGGCCAAAAGCGUUAGGUACUCCUAAUUUUAUCACAGCAUGUUUAUUCUGCUUAAAGGGUUGAUUUAUGGUCCAAUAUUUUAUCAAACCCUUCAUUGUUUGAGCAUGUUUAACGUGAAGAGAAUCAAAUCGCUGUGAUUCCUUUCUUCUUUAUUCCCUAAUGGAAUUUUAAAUGGAUCCAGAAUGAAAGAAUAAAACCUGUAAAUAAAGCUCUCUUGACUUCUCACGUCCUCUCAGUUUAAGCAUCACUUGUUAUAUUCGACACACUUUCACACUACACAAUACAGUCGUCACACAACCAUGCGGAGUGUCGUCCUGUGGUGAAUUGCCUUUUCUUUUAGCCACAAUGUCAGAUUCUGUGCUUCAUUUUUCUUUCUUAAUUCGUCGCUGAAAUUAAGAGCAUCGUUUCUUCAAGUCCUGCUGUUGUUGCCAUAGCCCGCAUUUAGCGAUAUGCCAUCAGGGGUCCUAACCACAACUCUUGACAUCUGACAGUGAAUGAUGGAACUUCUCUUAUUCCUUCUUUUAAUUUUGGAUUUGUUUGCCAAAAAAAUGACCCAAAAUAUAGAAUGUGGCAAACGUAAUGCAGUCAUAGAAUAAAAUUAAAGGAGGUGUGGAACAUCUGCCUGCAGCUUUCUGCUACGCCUGGUG